AUGGCAGCCCUGCCUACAGGCAACGUGGGGACCAUUCAUCGUCGGUAUGUCUCUGCUGCCACGGGCACAGGAGCCAACCCAUCCAAGCCAACCUAUACCCUUGUCAAGCGAGCCCUGAAGGAUGUAUCCGCCGUGGACCCAAACCAGUAUCUGCCAAAGAUCAACCACGAAAUAACUCAGAACAACCAGUGGGUUAGCCAAAGCGAGCCCGUGACGGGCAAAUGGUAUCGCUGGCCAGAUCUGCAGUCGGCUCUCGGCGUGAAGGGCCUCCACGGUUGCACUGUGCUGAUGAUCGUCGCGAAAGAUGGCGUCUACCUCUCGCACAUCUUCGAGUCCCCCAUCUUCCGCACCCCGACCGAACCCGAUGUCGCUGAUUAUUUUUUCAUGGAACAAACAUUUACCGCACUGAGUACUGGGCGUAGCGGGCCUGCCGGUCAGGUCAACCAUCAGAUCGAACCCCUGCAGGAUCUAUGGGGAACGGAAGCGAACCCCGGUCCUCUGCAUCGCACCAACAACCCCCAACUUAUCAUCGUCACUCCCUUCUUGCCUGAAUGGCGACCCCAGGAAUAUAUGUACGCCCGCAGAGUCCAGUGGCUCGCCGCCCAGUUCAACCGCUUCCUCUACUUCCCCACCGGUGGAGCGCCCGCAGACAAAGCCCCGAUCAUCCGCGGAUACGAGCCGACGGACUUCUGGCAGUCCAACAAUGAUGAUUCUUCUGUGGGGAAAGUCGUGAUAGAAGUCGACAAGUACAACAGUUUCCUGCAGGCGGGUAAUCACCUUCUCGCUGUGGGUCAGUGGCGGCUGUGGUUGUGUGGGCAAUAUGUCAUGGACUACAACUUCUGGGAUCCG